CCCUUCCCUAGCCGGGCAGGUGCUGGGUGACAUCAGAGCCAGGCUUCCUCCUGGUGACGCGACGUGGCCCCGCCCCGCGCUGGACCGCGGAGGUAGCCGCACCUGAGAACUCUGAAGCGGACUGGGGAUUCCCGUACCCCCUCCCCAUCUUCCCGCAUCCUGAACCGGCCGGCUCCCCCAGACCAUGGCAGCAGUGACCAUGACUGUGCCUGGGCGGAAGGCGCCCCCCAGGGCCGGCCCAGUGCCAGAGGCGGCCCAGCCGUUCCUGUUUGCACCCCGUGGGCCAGGCACAGGUGUCGGGCCUGGGGGCUCGGGCACCUCCCCGCAGGUGGAGUGGACGGCGCGGCGCCUGGUGUGGGUGCCUUCGGAGCUGCAUGGGUUCGAGGCGGCGGCGCUGCGGGAUGAGGGUGAGGAGGAGGCCGAAGUGGAACUGGCGGAGAGUGGGCGGCGGCUGCGGCUACCGCGGGACCAGAUCCAGCGCAUGAACCCGCCUAAGUUCAGCAAGGCCGAGGACAUGGCGGAGCUGACCUGCCUCAAUGAGGCCUCGGUGUUGCACAACCUCCGUGAGCGGUACUACUCUGGCCUUAUCUACACGUACUCUGGUCUUUUCUGUGUGGUCAUCAACCCGUACAAGCAGCUUCCCAUCUAUACAGAGGCGAUUGUGGAGAUGUACCGGGGCAAGAAGCGCCACGAAGUGCCACCCCACGUGUACGCAGUGACCGAGGGGGCCUACCGAAGCAUGCUCCAGGAUCGUGAGGAUCAGUCCAUUCUCUGCACCGGAGAGUCCGGGGCUGGGAAGACAGAAAACACCAAGAAGGUCAUCCAGUACCUCGCCCAUGUGGCAUCAUCGCCAAAGGGCAGGAAGGAACCAGGCGUCCCGGCCUCCACCAGCGCCAUGUCUUAUGGUGAGCUGGAGCGGCAGCUUCUUCAGGCCAACCCCAUCCUGGAGGCCUUUGGCAAUGCCAAGACAGUGAAGAAUGACAACUCCUCUCGAUUUGGCAAGUUCAUCCGCAUCAACUUUGACGUUGCUGGAUACAUCGUGGGUGCCAACAUCGAGACCUACCUGCUGGAGAAGUCGCGGGCCAUCCGCCAGGCCAAGGAUGAGUGCAGCUUCCACAUCUUCUACCAGCUGCUGGGAGGCGCAGGAGAGCAGCUCAAAGCCGACCUCCUCCUGGAACCGUGCUCCCACUACCGCUUCCUGACCAACGGGCCGGCGUCCUCCCCCGGCCAGGAACGGGAGCUCUUCCAGGAGACGCUGGAGUCCCUGCGGGUCCUGGGAUUCACCCAUGAAGAAAUCACCUCCAUGCUGCGGACAGUCUCAGCCGUUCUCCAUUUUGGCAACAUUGUUCUGAAGAGAGAGCGGAACACCGAUCAAGCCUCCAUGCCUGACAACACAGCUGCCCAGAAACUCUGCCGCCUCCUGGGUCUGGGGGUGACGGAUUUCUCCCGUGCCCUGCUCACCCCCCGCAUCAAAGUUGGCCGAGACUACGUGCAGAAAGCUCAGACCAAGGAACAGGCUGACUUCGCACUGGAGGCCCUGGCCAAGGCCACCUAUGAGCGCCUCUUCCGCUGGCUGGUCCUGCGCCUCAACCGUGCUCUGGAUCGCAGCCCCCGCCAGGGCGCCUCCUUCCUGGGUAUCCUGGAUAUCGCUGGUUUUGAGAUCUUCCAGUUGAACUCCUUCGAGCAGUUGUGCAUCAACUACACCAACGAGAAGCUGCAGCAGCUCUUCAACCACACCAUGUUCGUCCUGGAGCAGGAGGAGUACCAGCGUGAGGGCAUCCCCUGGACCUUUCUCGACUUUGGCCUUGACCUGCAGCCCUGCAUUGACCUCAUCGAGCGGCCGGCCAACCCCCCCGGGCUCCUGGCCCUGCUGGACGAGGAGUGCUGGUUCCCAAAGGCCACAGACAAGUCCUUCGUAGAGAAGGUGGCCCAGGAGCAGGGCGGCCACCCCAAGUUCCAGCGGCCGAGGCACCUGCGAGACCAGGCCGACUUCAGUGUCCUGCACUAUGCGGGCAAGGUUGACUACAAGGCCAAUGAGUGGCUGAUGAAGAACAUGGACCCUCUAAAUGACAAUGUUGCAGCCCUCCUGCACCAGAGCACGGACCGGCUAACUGCGGAGAUCUGGAAAGAUGAACAUGGGGGCUUCCAGCAGUUCUCUUUCCUUGGCUCCUUCCCUUCAUCACCCCCAGGAUCUUCAGGGAGGCACGGCUCUGCCAUUUCUCCGCCAGGGGUGGAGGGCAUUGUGGGUCUGGAGCAGGUGAGCAGCCUUGGGGAUGGCCCACCGGGUGGACGCCCCCGCCGGGGCAUGUUCCGGACAGUGGGACAGCUCUACAAGGAGUCUCUGAGCCGCCUCAUGGCCACACUCAGCAACACCAACCCCAGCUUUGUCCGCUGUAUUGUACCCAACCAUGAGAAGAGGGCAGGGAAGCUGGAGCCCAGGCUGGUGCUGGACCAGCUGCGCUGUAACGGUGUCCUGGAGGGCAUCCGCAUCUGUCGUCAGGGCUUCCCCAACCGCAUUCUCUUCCAGGAGUUCCGGCAGAGGUAUGAAAUUCUGACACCCAACGCCAUCCCCAAAGGCUUUAUGGAUGGGAAGCAGGCCUGUGAGAAGAUGAUCCAGGCCCUAGAACUGGACCCCAACCUCUACCGUGUGGGACAGAGCAAGAUCUUCUUCCGGGCGGGGGUCCUGGCUCAUCUGGAAGAGGAACGGGACCUGAAGGUCACAGACAUCAUUGUGUCCUUCCAGGCAGCUGCUCGUGGAUACCUGGCUCGCAGGGCCUUCCAGAAGCGGCAGCAGCAGCAGAGUGCACUGAGGGUCAUGCAGCGGAACUGUGCGGCUUACCUCAAGCUGAGACACUGGCAGUGGUGGCGUCUCUUCAUCAAGGUGAAGCCACUGCUGCAGGUGACGCGGCAGGAUGAGGUGCUGCAGGCUCGGGCUCAGGAGCUGCAGAAAGUGCAGGAGCUACAGCAGCAGAGUGCCCGUGAAGCCAGCGAGCUCCGGAGCCGCUUGACACAGCUGGAAGAGGAGCGCACCCGCCUGGCAGAGCAACUGCGAGCAGAAGCAGAGCUGUGUGCGGAGGCUGAGGAGACCCGGGGGCGGCUGGCAGCCCGCAAGCAGGAGCUGGAGCUGGUAGUGGCAGAGCUGGAGGCCCGCGUGGGGGAGGAGGAGGAGUGCAGCCGCCAGCUGCAAAACGAGAAAAAGAGGCUGCAGCAGCACAUACAGCCUCAGGAACGGAGGCUGCUGGAGGAGCGUCUGGCCGAGUUCUCAUCCCAGGCCGCUGAGGAGGAGGAAAAGGUCAAGAGCCUCAAUAAGCUCCGACUAAAAUAUGAGGCCAUGAUUGGAGACAUGGAGGACCGCCUACGGAAGGAGGAGAAGAACCGCCAGGAGCUGGAGAAGCUGAAGCGGCGACUGGACGGGGAGAGCUCGGAGCUGCAGGAGCAGAUGGUGGAGCAGCAGCAGCGGGUGGAGGAGCUGCGAGCCCAGCUGGGUCGCAAGGAGGAGGAGCUGCAGGCGUCCCUGGCCAGGGUGGAGGAGGAGGGCGGAGCCCGGGCCCAGCUGCUCAAAUCCCUGCGGGAAGCACAAGCAGGACUGGCUGAGGCCCAGGAAGACCUGGAGGCCGAGCGUGUGGCCAGGGCUAAGGCGGAGAAGCAGCGCCGGGACCUGGGCGAGGAGCUGGAGGCACUGCGGGGCGAGCUAGAGGAUACGCUGGACUCCACCAACGCACAGCAGGAGCUCCGGUCCAAGAGGGAGCAGGAGGUGACAGAGCUGAAGAAGGCUCUGGAGGAAGAGACGCGCCUUCAUGAGGUGGCAGUACAGGAGCUGAGGCAGCGCCACAGCCAAGCACUGGGAGAGCUGGCGGAGCAGCUGGAGCAGGCCCGGAGGGGCAAAGGUGUGUGGGAGAAGACCCGGUUGGCUCUGGAGGCAGAGGUGUCUGAGCUACGGGCGGAGCUGAGUAACCUGCAGACAACACGUCAGGAGGGUGAGCAGCGGAGGCGCCGCCUGGAGUCACAGCUGCAGGAAGUGCAGGGCCGGGCUGGCGAUGGGGAGCGGGCACGAGCAGAGGUUGCUGAGAAGCUGCAACGAGCCCAGGCUGAACUUGAGAAUGUAUCUGGGGCACUGAGCGAGGCCGAGUCCAGAGCCAUCAGGCUGAACAAAGAACUGAGCAGCACGGAGGCCCAGCUGCACGACACCCAGGAGCUGAUGCAGGAGGAGACCAGGGCCAAGUUGGCCUUGGGGUCCCGGGUGCGAGCCUUGGAGGCUGAGGUGGUGGGCCUGCGGGAGCAGCUGGAGGAGGAGGCAGCCGCCAGGGAGCGGGCGGGGCGUGAGCUACAGACGGCCCAGGUCCAGCUCUCAGAGUGGCGGCGGCGCCAGGAGGAGGAGGCAGGGGCGCUGGAGGCAGGGGAAGAGGCACGACGCCGGGCAGCCCGCGAGGCCGAGGCCCUGACCCAGCGCCUGACAGAAAAGACUGAGGUUGUGGAGCGUCUGGAGAGGGGCCGCCGGCGGCUGCAACAGGAGCUAGACGAUGCCACCAUGGACCUGGAGCAGCAACGGCAACUUGUGAGCACGCUGGAGAAGAAGCAGCGCAAGUUCGACCAGCUCCUGGCAGAAGAAAAGGCAGCCGUGCUGCGGGCAGUGGAGGAGCGUGAGCGGGUCGAGGCAGAGGGCCGGGAGCGUGAGGCUCGGGCCCUGGCGCUGACACGGGCACUGGAGGAGGAACAGGAAGCACGUGAGGAGCUGGAGCGGCAGAACCGGGCCCUGCGGGCGGAGAUGGAGGCACUGCUGAGCAGCAAGGAUGACGUCGGCAAGAGUGUACAUGAGCUGGAGCGAGCCCGCCGGGUGGCAGAACAGGCAGCCAGCGACCUUCGAACACAGGUGACAGAGCUGGAGGAUGAGCUGACGGCAGCCGAGGACGCCAAGCUGCGCCUGGAAGUGACUGUGCAGGCUCUCAAGGCACAGCACGAGCGUGACCUACAGGGCCGAGACGAGGCCGGUGAGGAGAGACGGAGGCAGCUGGCCAAGCAGCUGCGGGAUGCAGAGGUGGAGCGGGAUGAGGAACGCAAGCAGCGCGCUCUGGCGGUAGCCGCCCGCAAGAAGCUGGAGGCCGAGCUGGAGGAGCUGAAGGCCCAGACCGCGGCCGCCGGGCAGGGCAAGGAGGAGGCGGUGAAGCAGCUUCGCAAGAUGCAGGCCCAGAUGAAGGAGCUGUGGCGGGAGGUGGAGGAGUCACGCAACUCCCGGGAGGAGAUCUUUGCCCAGAACCGGGAGAGUGACAAGCGCCUUAAAGGACUGGAGGCGGAGGUGCUGCGGCUGCAAGAGGAACUGGCUGCCUCAGACCGCGCCAGGCGGCAGGCCCAGCAGGAACGGGAUGAGAUGGCAGAUGAAGUGGCCAACGGCAGCCUUAGCAAGGCAGCCAUUCUGGAGGAGAAGCGUCAGCUGGAGGGGCGCCUAGGGCAAAUGGAAGAGGAACUAGAAGAAGAGCAGAGUAAUGCAGAGCUGCUCAAUGACCGCUACCGUAAGCUGCUCCUGCAGGUGGAAUCACUGACCACAGAGUUGUCAGCUGAGCGCAGUUUCUCUGCCAAGGCAGAGAGCGGGCGGCAGCAGCUAGAGCGACAGAUCCAGGAGCUCCGGGGGCGCCUGGGCGAGGAGGACGCGGGGACCCGGGCCCGCCAGAAGAUGACCAUUGCUGCUCUUGAGUCUAAGUUGGCCCAGGCUGAGGAGCAGCUGGAGCAGGAGAGCAGGGAGCGCAUCCUCUCCGGCAAGCUGGUGCGUAGGGCUGAGAAACGGCUUAAAGAGGUGGUGCUCCAGGUGGAGGAGGAGCGGAGGGUGGCUGACCAGCUCAGGGACCAGCUGGAGAAGGGGAACCUUCGAGUGAAGCAGCUGAAGCGACAGCUGGAGGAGGCUGAGGAGGAGGCAUCCAGGGCCCAGGCGGGUCGCCGGAGGCUGCAGCGUGAGCUGGAAGAUGUCACAGAGUCUGCUGAGUCCAUGAACCGUGAGGUGACCACGUUGAGGAACCGGCUCCGACGCGGCCCCCUCACCUUCACCACCCGCACCGUGCGCCAGGUCUUCCGACUGGAGGAGGGCGUGGCAUCAGACGAGGAGGCUGAGGAGGCAGAGCCAGGGUCUGGGCCGCAGCCCCCUGGGCCUGACGGGUCCCCUGAAGCCCAGUCCCAGUGACCCCUCCCUGCCCCAGCCCCUCCCUUCCUGGCCCCCCGUGGGUGCUGGUACCAUGAACCCACCCUUGUGGCUUCGUGCACUUUGGAAAUGGCGCCACCUGUUGGCACCACAGCACUUAUCAACUCCACCCUGGAGGGGUCCCCUGAGACCUCCAGUGAACCCCGGAACACAGAGGAGCAGGGGAGCAGGGAAGCAAGGGCUAGGGCUCUCUCUCUGGGAAGGAAAUUCGGAUGUAGUUGGCACACUGUGGUCCCAUCCAGCUCCCAUCCUUCUUUCAGCUAAUUUUCAGGAAGGGAGCACAUUCCCUGGCCCUCCUCAGCCAGGGCUUCCACUGGCCUCUCCUCUUCCCUCCUCCCCUCUUUCCACCACCCUUUUCCCCCUCCCAGGCCUCCACCAGCCUUUGAUUUUUACAGAGGGGCAGGAUAAGAGGGCCCUUUUCCCCUCCCAUGCUCUGCCCUCCCAUCUGGUUGCUCUUGUGUGAUCACAGUUCAGUUGGUGUCUCCGUGGGGGCUGGAGGAGUCUCCCUGACCCUCCCAGCCUCCUGCUCUGGCAGAAAUAAACUCCAGCUUCGAAAGGACCCUGA